CGUAGCCCUUAUCCUGCACUUCAUUUUUCCUCCUGUAGAACGGUAGACUAGAGACCCGUCCGGAUCAUUCCUAAGGGGCUUAAAAAUACGUUUACAUAGUUUUUGAUAGCCAAGGAUAUUGCUGAAAGUUGUUUAGAUUACUAAGGUACACAAUCAGUUUAAUAAAGGGAUUGUAGUGGGUUGAAAUCAAUCAAAACAGGGCAGAACAACAAUAGGCCUAGUCUAGGUUGUAAGUGUGGUGGGUUGGAACAACAGUAAUUCUACCAGAGCAGAUGGCCACAUGCCUGUUACAACAGUUGACUUAAAGUGGUUGGGGUAUUUGUGACUUUUCAUGUUCAUGCCUUGUUCUUUACUGUCACAUUGAUAAAUGAACUAAUGUGCUAUGUAGAUAACUCAUGUAAAUAGAACUGUUCGGCGAAAAUGACUCGGAAUAAGCAAGACUGACAACAGCAAUGGCGUCGUCAACCCUACAAUCCGAAGAGGGCGCAGAGAGAGAGAUCAGGCGAGAGGAGAGGAGUGUCAGAUCCAGAACAGAACGUCAACUACUGUCUACGUAGUUGUCUUCUUUCUCAUUUCUUUAACCUAAUAUGGGGACUGCCCUAAUAUGUACUUUCCACAGAUUUUUUGGUGUUUUUACUAGCCAGCCGGCAGUAAACUCGUCUUGGCAAGAAAUCGAUCUUCGAAAGCAGUCGAUGUCAUUAUUGUGAGAGUGCGAGUUGCGAGUGAUGACCUACAUAUUUGCACGCAUCCCAGACAUUUCCAUUGACCAGUUUUUGCAUUGUAAAGAUAUAUACGGAUUGCACUCAAAUAGACGCCCGUUUUUUUUUUAGAAGGGAGUGAUGACACCUCGCUAGCAAUGCCUCCCAUUGACCCUCAGCAGUUAUUGAAAGCCUUGGGGCCCCUGCUGACCAACUCAGGGGGCAUCAAAGGGGCUCAAGAGGCUUCAAGGAUUGCUAGUCUGAUGAAGGAUGCCACCAAGCUAGUGUCAAGAUGUAUCUACCUCAAUAUUCUGCGAGUCACCGAUUCCCCAAGUGCUUUAGAAAAAUUCAUCGAAGUUGGCGGCUGGGACACGAUGAACACCUGGCUAGACUUCUCCCGCAACGACAGCAACGACGCCCUCCUCGGGGAGAUAUUACAGGCAUACCUCAACCUCCCCGUGUCGGUCACACUGCUCAAGAAGAACAGCGCGGCCAAGACGAUAAAGCAGCUCAGUAAAGCUGAGAACGAAAAGAUCAAAACUCUGUCCUCUCAACUGGUGGAUGCGUGGACAAAGACAAUCCGGGGUCAGAACAACAAAGAAGAGAGUGAUGACAAAAAGAAAAAGAAGAAACACAAGGAAAAGGAGAGGGAAAAGAGUGAUAAAGACAAAGAAAAUGACAAAAAAGAGCGAGAAGAGAAAGAUUCAGAAAAGCACAAAAGAAGUGAUAAAGAAUCAAAGGAGCACCACCACAGAGACAAAGAUCGCAAAGAUCGAGACCGCCACAAGGACAAAGAUCGGGACAAGGAAAGGUCGAGAGACAAGUCCAAAUCUUCCAACGAAAAUAACAAAGACUCAACGAAAUCAUCUUCAUCCUCAUCAUCAGAUCACCCAUCUAGUAAAUCUAAAGAUCCCUCUAGUUCUUCCAAAAAGAUCUCUCUCCCAGAGGAGGCGAAAGCUUCUUCAUCUACCCCAUCAGUGAGUACUCCAGCGGGGACAGUUCCUUCCAGCAAGACAGACACAGGUGCCAACAAGGAGGAAGAAUCUCGCCGGAGACCCAAAACGGUGAAACAACUCAACACAAGGUUCAGGUCCACGGGCCUGUUUGACGAGGACGACGAGGACGAAGUAGAACCUGUGAAGAAAAAGCUGGACAAACCACCCAUCAAAAGAGCUGGCCUGGAGAUGAGGGGUGAAGACUUGAUAGAGAAGAAACCCAGACUGCAGCUCACCAUGCCCACCUUGACCCCUGCCAGUGUCGACCUGGGCAAUAUGACCCCUCCGGAGGUUCAGCAUGGCAGAAUCAAAAUCAUUCCGCCGCCAAAGAGAGCCCCUGCACAUGAGAUCCAAGAGAGCAAUGUGUUCAUGGAUGCUCUCCAGCAGUCCUCCUACACUCACGGCCCCCUCAAGAAGAAGAAGAAGCUGACCUCACCUUCAGCCACCACAGCGCCAUCUAGUUUGUUACGGGGCAGCCAUUCUCUGUCCCCACCAAGUGCCACCUCCCCACCCCAGGCCACCUCCCCUCCGGAAGAGGAGACGGGCCCCACCUCACCACCACUGUUGUCUCCCACCGCAGCCAUGGCUCAGAAGCUGCCCAGUGUUCCGUCUUUCUACCGAGAUACUCUUGAGGACAUGCCCGAACCCACUGAGGAGAAGGAAGAUAAUGUGGAGGAGGAAGACGAUGGCCCCCCUGUUGUAGAAGGCAUGGACACCAGCGAGGCGUCACCACCUCAACUGGAUCAGUCUGAUGCUGACAUUAGCAUGGAGCAAUCCGAGGGACUUUCCAAUGAAUCCAAAGAAUCAUCUGAGAAUUCUUCGGACAAAGCACCUGUAUCCGAGGGUGAGCAACGAGUCAAGUCUACGAAGCCGAAGAAGAGCGUCUCUUGGGCGCGAGAAAGUCAGUUGGAGGAGUACUUUUACUUUGAACUGGACGAGACAGAAAGAGAAAAUGUGAACCGUCCCAAGAGCUUCAUGGAAAUGAAGAAAGAAGAAAUGGUGUUGGACAAAAGGGCAAUGGAGUCGGCCAAGAGACUCAACAAUGACUUCAUGGUGGAAGUGUUGCCAUGGAAACGGCCUAAACUCAUCGACGAUGUGAUUGAAGUGGUGGAACCCGGCUGCAACAGUCAGGAGAAGGUUGUGCAGACAGAGAGGGAAAGGGCUGUGCUGUGUGCCUUGUUCUUCAACAAAGUUCCAGAUACCCCGAAUGAACCAGAUCCUGACAUGGCGGGCGAGGAAAAUGACAUGAAAGUCAUUCCUUUAGAAGAUGAAAAUGGGUCGUGCACCGAGUACGAACACACGUACAAUUUUGACGACCCAUCCUCCCUCCCGUACGACCCCGAGUUCGGAGGUCUGCCCCUCCAGAACCAGGGCCCGGCCAUGAACCAAGGUCACAUGGGUAUGAACAACAACAUGGGCAACAACAUGAACGCCAACAUGGGCGGUGGUGGGGGCGGGGCCAACAUGGGCUACAAGAUGCCACCGGCCCUGAGCCACCUUCUGAACACGCUGCGCCAGCAGGCCCAGGAGACUCAGGAUCCCUUGAUGCAGAACCUCCAGGGGCGGUUGACGCAUGUGCUGCAAAGUACCAAUCCUCAAGACAGUGGAAUGCUCAUGGAUAGAAUACUGAAUGCUUUGGAGCCAUUCAAGAAUCAGAUUCCAGGUCUGAGCGGUCUUAUCAGCUCAGUGACCAACAACGGCAUGGACCCCAAUAUGGGCGGUGGCAGCGGGCAGGGACCACGGGGCAUGAUGGGACCCAACCAGAUGGGCAACCCGCGGCCGCACGGCGGUCUCCUGGGCUCCCACCCACCGGGCUUCAACAUGAUGGGACCCGGGAACAUGAGGCCCAACAUGCAGGGUGGACCCAACAUGCCAGGGCCCAACAUGCAGGGGGGGCCCAGUAUGCCAGGAGGUCCCAUGAUGGGCAACGGCGGAGGCAACAUGAAUCCCAAUUUCUACAAUAGGGGGCCCCGGCCCAACAUGGGGGAGAUGAGAAUGGGAGGCCCACCACAGUGGAGAGGUGGGGGGCGAGGGAGACCCUUCGGCAAGAGAGGUCACAAGAACAGUGUUUGCCAACAUUUUGUCAAAAAGGGAAACUGUAGAUACGGAGACGGCUGCCAGUUUAUUCACCCCGGACCCGACUCAUAGCCCUCGUUUCUUUCCCCCCUUUGUAGUGGACUGCGUGAUGCAUUAGAUGUGUGGAUACGUGUGCAAUGACUGAUACUAUCUCCCUCCCCUAGUGUCUGUAUUUUGGUCUGUGAAAUUCCAAGGAUUCUUUUUUUUUUACCCCUCGGCCUCAUGGGUCUCAGACAGAAUUAUCAGGGAGCAUGAGUUUCAAGCUGGGGUUAUUAACCAAAUUUUUUUUCCCCACUUAAAUAACACAAAUUCAAAUGUUAUAUGGCCAGAGAUUGGCCUUUUUUUUCCUAACUCGUUUGUGACAAUAAGCUCACUUUUAUCAGGUUCAUUUUCUUUGGUGCUCCCCAAAAGAUGUAAAUCAGUGCCAAUUUUUAAAAUCAUUUAAAUCUUUAUUUAUAUUUAUUAUUUUUGUCUUUGUUUUUCAUUGAAUUCAUAAUGUCUCGGAAAAGAUUUUUUUGGUCAACUCUCAGUUUGAGGUUAGAUGUUGAAGACAUUUUGUGAAAGAUUCAAGCUUUUGACCAUAAUGACAGGUUGCUUCUGUGAAGGAAAAUGUGAAAUGGCAUUGAAUGUAAGUGAAUAAGGAAUGGCUGUUACAUGUUCUUCCCUGAUUUAGUACAUAUAGACCGAAUUGCCCACAUCAGUAUUCCUUUACAAUUUUUCCAGUGUAAAUAUUGUACGUAACUUUUGAUUGUUAUAAGCAAUAUGUGUGCAUCUCUUGUUACUGUAAAUUCAACACAAAUGCCAGAAUAAAUAUUGAUCACAUGUUGA